AUAACAAAAAAAAAAAAAAGCAGAAAGCUUCUCGAUUUUUCUCCCUUUUGCGGAUCCGCGACCGCCACCAUCACCCCUGUUCCUUCACCUCCGACCUUCACCAUCCUCUAGCUAAUCGUCACUCUCAUCGCCACCACCUUCACCAAUCACCAAGAAGACGAUGCAGAUCUAGCCGCAAGCCCCCUUGGGGACUCUGACCUUGACAUCUUCUUGCGUCUCAUCAUCAUCACUGCCUCCACCUUCAUCACCGGUAAGCACAGGGGUUCGGCAGCCACCAGAAAGGGAGGAUCUUUCUUCUCCAAAAAACUUUCAAGUGGUUGUCAACACCGUUGGUACACCAAAAUGUCGGCCGGUAUACCGAUAUUUGACCAAAAUGAGUGAAAUUUGGCCGAAAUUAAAUUAGACUUUGUACCGUUUCGAUGCAAUGAAAAAUCCGGUAGGUACCAACCAUACCGACCAGUACAAACGAAAUCAACAACACUGGUCUCGCCUCAUCCCAUUCUUCUGGCGAGUUUGAGAAUAAGUAGCACCAAGAGCUUUUCAGCAAUUCCUUACUAAACAGCGCAUAUCUGCCAUAAUUUUUCCGAUCCUCCGUUGUCGAUGAAAGCUUCCUGCGAUUUCCCUGUCCCGUGGCCCCCGAAGUCCUCUGCUGGUACCGCUUGCUCUUCAUGGUCGCUGGAUGAAUGUGAGCUUGCUGUUCCACAUUAUAAAGACCAGGUGAAUCACAAUGGAGAAACUCCUCGGCAAGUGUUUAUCAGGGAACACAUGAAAUUGUUAAAAGAAGCUGAAGCAUGGAUGAAGAAAACAGCAAAUUCUUACAUUAUAGUCGGUACCCUCAUCAUCACUAUUAUGUUUGCUGCAGCCUUCUCCAUUCCCGGUGGUAACAAUGGAAAUGGCUAUCCCAUGUUCUCACAUAAAAGAUUAUUUUUGACAUAUAUAAUGUCAGAUGCAAUUUCUCUGUUCGCUGCAUCUACUUCAGUGCUGACGUUUUUAGGAAUCCUCACAUAUCCCUACACUGAAAAAGAUUUUCUUUGGUUGAUUGUCGGCAUUCUCACGCUCCUCAUUUCUGUUGCAACAAUGAUGGUAGCUUUUUGUGCUGCUGUUUCUAUAAUGUUACCGGAUCGAUGGUGGGUAAUCUCCUCGCUAGUUUUGCUCGCCAGCAUUCCGGUCGUCGUCUUUUGGUCACUGCAAUCUCAGAUUCUUACUGAAAUUUUUUAUUCAAUUUAUGGGCCGCAUAACAUUAACAAAGAGGGAUUCUUCUUCCCAAGAAAAAGGAUGUCAUCCAUAAUGGGGAAAUUUACAAGCAAACUUAUGAAGAGAAGGGAGUAGUUAAUUAAACUACUUUUGUAUCUUAUAUUGAUCAUAUGAUUUGGCUUUAUAUGUAUCGCAGCUGUAAUUAUUGAAUGUGUGUGAUGACAUUAUUAAACUCUCUCCUAAUGU